CAGUGUGGCCCCGCGCGCACGUGCGGCGGGCGCGGAAGUGACGUCACGCGCAGGCGCGGUGGCGUCGCCAUCAUGGCGGGCCGGGGGUCCUGCCGCGUCCCGGAGCGGUGGACAGAGUACACCCCCCUGGGCCGCAGGAUGCCCGGCACGCGCUUCGUGGCCUUCAAGGUGCCCCUGAAGAAGAGCUUUGAGCAGAACCUGCUGCCAGAGGAGAGAUUCUCCCCUCGGGACCUCAUCAGGAAGGUGCAGGAGAGGAAGGAGGAGCUGGGGCUGAUCAUCGACCUGACCUACACCACGCGCUACUACGGCCGGGAGGAGCUGCCCCCCACGCUGCGCUACUGCAAGAUCCUGACCAUGGGCCACGAGAUCCCCAACAGAAAAACCUUUGUGAGGUUCAGGUACCUGGUGAGAGGGUUCCUGAUGACCAACAAGGACAACGAUAAACUCAUCGGGGUGCACUGCACACACGGCCUGAACAGGACUGGCUACCUGGUCUGCAGGUACCUGAUUGAGGUUGAAGGCAUGGAGCCAAAUGCUGCCAUAGAAUUGUUCAACACAUCUCGGGGGCACCCCAUGGAGAGACCCAACUACAUCAGGGACCUGCAGAGGAGAGCCCCGAGCAGCUGUGAGCUGAAGAGUCUGGGCUCAGAUCUGAGGAAGGAAGGCAGUGCCCCAGGCAAGGCCCAGAAGCAGCUGGUGAAGCACCCCCAGCCCCCCCUGGCAGUGCCCAGGAGCAGCAGCAGUGCCAGGCAGGGGCAGGGACAGCAGGAAAAGCUGGAGAGUCUGGAGGAGAGGAAGCAGAAAAAGGUGAAACAUCUGGAACAGAAUCACCUGGAGGAGAGGAAGCAGAAAAAGGUGAAACAUCUGGAACAGAAUCACCUGGAGGAGAGGAAGCAGAAGAAAAUGGAACAGCAGGAGCAGAGGAAGCAGAAAAAGCAGAACCAUCAGGAGCAGAAUCACCUGGAGAUAGAGCAUCUGGAGGAGAGGAAGAAGAAAAAGCUGAAACAGCUGGAGACAGAGCAUUUGGAGCAGAGGAAGCAGAAGAAGCAAAAUAAUCUGGAGCAGGAGCAUCUGGAAAUGGAGCAUCAGGAAAUGGAACAUCUGGAGCAGAGGAAGCAGAAGGAGAAGAAUCAUCAGGAGCAGAGGAAGCAGAAAAAGCUGAAACACGUGGAGGUGGAGCAUCAGGAGCAGAGGAAGCAGAGAAAACUGGAACAUCUGGAGAUGGAACAUCUGGAGGAGAGGAAACAGAAAAAGCAGAAACAUCAGGAACAGAAUCAUCUGGAGCAGAACCAUCUGGAAAUGGAACAUCUGGAGGAGAGGAAGCAGAAAAAGCAAAAUCAUCUGGAGCUGGAGCACGUGGAGGAGAGGAAGCAGAAGAAACAGAAACAUCUGGAGCAGAAGAGGAAGAAUGAUCUGGAGCAGAAUCAUCAGGAAAUGGAGCAUCAGGGGGAGAGGAAGCAGAAGGAGCAGAAUCAGCUGGAGCAGAGGAAGCAGAGAAAGCUGGAGCAUCUGGAGCAGAACCAUCUGGAGAUGGAGCACCUGGAGGAGAGGAAAAAGAAGAAACAGAAACAUCUGGAGCAGAAUGAUCUGGAGCAGAAUCAUGUGGAGGAGAGGAAGCAGAAAAAGCUGGAGCAUCAGGAGCAGAGAAAGCAGAACAAGCCAGAACAUCUGGAGCGGAACCAUCUGGAGAUGGAGCAUCAGGAGCAGAGGAAAAAGAAGAAACAGAAACAUCUGGAGCAGGAAAAGCCAGAACAUCUGGAGCAGGAGCAGAGGAAGCAGAAAAAGCCAGAACAUCUGGAGCAGAAUUAUCUGGAGGUAGAGCAUCAGGAGCAGAGGAAAAAGAAACAGAAACACCUGGAGCAGGAAAAGCCAGAACAUCUGGAGCAGAACCAUCAGGAGAUGGAGCAUCAGGAGCAGAGGAAAAAGAAGAAACAGAAACAUCUGGAGCAGAGGAAACAGAAUCAUCUGGAACAGAAUCAUCUGGAGGUGGAGCAUGAGGGGCAGAGGAAGAAGAAACAGAAACACCUGGAGCAGGAAAAGCCAGAACAUCUGGAGCAGGAGCAGAGGAAGCAGAAGAAGAUGGAGCUCCAGGAGCAGGAGUAUCUUGAGCAAAGGAAGCAGAAAAAGCCGGAACAUCUGGAGCAGAGGAAACAGAAGAAACAGGAACAUCUGGAGCAGGAGCAUCAGGAGCAGAGGAAGCAGAAGAAGCUGCGUAAGAGGCAGCAGAAGAAGCAGAAUGGUCUGGAACAGAAUGAUCUGGCACAGAAUGGUCUGGAACAGAAUGAUCUGGAACAGAAUGAUCUGGAACAGAGCCUUCAGGAGCAGGGGCCCCCGGAGCUGCCCUGCCCCGUGCCCCCCAGGAACUGCUGUCCCUCCCCACCCCCCAAGAGGAAGAGGAAGAAGCAGCAGCAGGAGCUGCCCCGGGCUGGUUUUAAUCUUUUUUAUUCCGAUUUUUAAUCUGAUUUUUAAGCUGUUUUUUCUCACUGCCCACAGCUCUGGUGCUGUUCCACCAGGAGAAGCCUUCAGGGAGCAGCUGGGGCGGGCAGGAGCUGCCAGGCAGCAGGUUUUUUAAAGAAUCAGGGCUGGUUUUUAAUCAGGUUUGUCUCACAGCUCUGUGCUUUUACAGGAAUUUUUUCAUCAGGUGCUGUGACUGAUCCCUGAGGGAUGCUGGAAUAAUCCUCAAGAAACAUCCUCAGGUACCCCUGGACCUUCAACAAAACGGGAUUUUGUUGAUUUCCCCAGGGCAAGGAACGGGACUGGCCAUGAAAACUCAGAUUUUUAUUCUCUUUUUUACCCAUUUCUGCUAAUGGGUAAAAUCGGCAACAUUUUUUUUACCCGAGGAAAGAAUUUUUACUUUUGCUAAAGUAAAUUUCCACGCUGUGCAAACUCCA